GCGCAGCCGACAAGUUCCGGGCGCGGUUGUGACCCGGAGAGGUCUUCGCCACCCUGGCCGGCCUCAGCAUUUGGCUGCCGGUCUUGAGCCUCCCGCCUGCUCCAGCGGAUACGAGUCCUGGUGUGGGGGCGGGGAAGGGGCGGUGGCCCAAGAACUGUAGCUUCGGAGGAGGAUGUGGAGCGGCACCUCGGGAGACAGAAGGCGGCCCCCACGGAGCCCCGCGAGCCAGGGCAGGUCGGAGCCGAAGCCAGGUUGCUCACUGCCUGCAGGCUCUUCUUACAAAAAAAGGGUGGCAAAGAGGCCAGGAUACUUGAGAACAGAAGUGCUGCAACGGGUAGGAUUUCAGCCACUUUCUGAUGAACCAUUCAGUCCAAAGGGGCUUGAGCAUAAUGGUAGAGAACACUACAGAGAAUAUAGGAAUUGCUCUCUGAAGAGGCAAUGGAAAAAUGAGCAGGGAUUGUUCAGUUGUAAUACAUGUGUAAACAGUCCCCCACUUUCCCCAGAUGUGGCAACUGGAUCACCUACUGCUGGAAAUACAGUGAACAGUCUCAGACCCCUGGCUGAUUUCAGAGUGCAGCAACCAGAAAAUCUAAUUUUACCUGUUUGUCCUGUGAUUGCCAUCCAUAAGGGAGAUCUCUUGCCUGCAUAUAGCUCAUAUUCACAGCAGACCAAUUUGCUGGACCAUGUGAAGGAUACUGCUUAUGCUGGUGGAUCACAGGAGGUGGAAGGAAUGCAUACUUUGGGACAGAAGAAAGUGAACAACAACCAUGAAUUUGAAAGAAAGGAAAUGAUUUGUAGCUCUUCCAAUCUUCAGGAUCACUUUAAUUCAAGUUUUAGCUUCAUACAGCUCUCACUAAAUUCAGCUUCUGAAACAAACAACAUUGGAGGCCCUGCAGACAGUAGUGAGCUUAAAGAAGUUUGGCAAAUAUGUGAAACAGGUAAAGCAGAAAAUGUUAAUUUGCAUGUACCUGGGAAGGGACAAAGAACUUCAGGGAAAGAACUGUGGGCUUCAUUCAUCUCUGUGUGUGGCAAAGACUGUAAAUGCCCAAAGGAGACUGCAGAGGAUGAUAAACUGCAGGAUUGUGAGUCACUCUCACUUUCACAUUCAACUGCUGCAUUUUCCUGUUCUACUGAUUCUUUGGAAGCAGCGUCUGCUGGUUCUUCUGUGACCUCAGGCUAUGAGAGCACCAACACUGCUAGUGAUCACUACUGGGAUUCCCUGAUGAAGAAAUAUGAACCAAUGCUACAGGACUGCUUACUGGGCAACCAAAGUAUAUUAAAGAUAAAAUCCUUAAUAAGAAAGCUUCAAAGACUUCAAGAGAAAGCAGUAGCAGAGGAUGACUACGAAAGGGCUGAUAAAUUUAGAAGAAAACUUGAAGAGCUGGAAAAAGAGAAAAGUUCACUAAAAUUUCAGCUUCCUUCACGGCACCCUUCAAUUAGCAACUUUUUGGACAGAUUCAAAGCGCAGGUUCAAGUGGCAUUGUGUGGGGAUGUUGCUAGGCUUAAUAAAGAAGAAAAGCAGCUGCUGCAGAGAACCGAAUGGAAGAUUUUAAGUUUUCCUCAUCAUGAAAUACCACCGAUUUCAUCAGUCAUGACAAAACGAGAUCAGCUGCUUGAAGAAAAGGUAUGGAUACAGAAAGAAAUUCAAGUUCUUAGAGCAAGGCUGGCUGUUCUGGAAACUAAAGAUCAACAGCUACGGAGAGAAAUUCAAGAGCAAGAUCAGUCAAUUCAGGCACAGGAUUGUGAGUUGUCUACCUUGCAUAGCUGGUUAUCACUUGGAGAACUGCAAGAGAUAAGUAAAGAUUUGGCUGAUACUUCAGAGGCAUCACAUAAAAUUUCAUGCAGUUUGGAUUUUCCAGAGUCCAUAAAAAGGCUUCAAGAAAAAGAGCAGUCACUCAAUAUAUCCAUUAAAGACACAGCUGCCAGAGUAUGUACCAGUCAGAAGCUGUGCAGCACUUUAAGGAGGAAAGUGAGUGAUAUUGAAACUCAGCUUCCAGCUCUUCUUGAAGCCAAAAUGCUUGCUGUUUCAGGAGGUAAUUUCUGUACUGCUAAAAACCUUAUAGAAGAAAUGAAGUCGUUAACAGCUGAAAGAGACCGACUUGAGGGACUUCUCAAUGAAUGGUUCACGCUGAGUGCCAAAAAUGUCCAAAAAUUAGAGAGAAUGAAAGAAGGUUACAAGAGACUGAAGGAAGAAAUGGAGCAAGGGGAGUUUGCCUUUGAGAAGAAGUUGAAAGAAAAUAUUCUCAACUACAUGGAAGUGCUGGAGGAAAAACUGCAAAGCUGUGGGAGCCAGCUUCUUGAAAGAGUGUGGGAAGCUGACUUAGAGGCCUGUCAGCUGUUGAUCCGAGGGUUUCCGCUGAAGGAAGGUGGUUGCUGUGUUUCCGAAGAAGAAGAGAGCCAAACAGAUGAAGUGGAGGAUACUGCUGGUGCCUCUUUGAGCACCAAGCGGGAACAAUCAAAACACUUCGCAAUUAGAGAUUCCACGUGGAAUACUGUCCAAUGCCCUGUUAUCCAAAGCAAACACCAAAGUACACACUGGGAACUGAAAGAGGGAUUUCAUAUUCUUAUGACAGAACUUGAAGAAAAAUGUGAAAGAAUAAGUGAAAAUCUGACUCAUGUGGAUGAUCAACUUCAAACAGCAAUUGCCAUCUAUGAUGAAGACUUUUUUCAGUCUCUGCAGAGCGAGAUCCAGAUGGUGAAGGAAACUCUCCAGGCCAUGUUGGUGCAGCUCCAGCCAACUAAGGAGGUUGAAGAAGAUGCUGCUUCAACUUCCUCGGUGACAGCUGGUGUCCGGGAAAGCAAAGCUUAGCGGAAUAAUGAGCAAGAAGACGGAGGGGAGGAGUUUAAUUCAAAAAGAUUGCUGUCAAGAACGGAAUACUGUCUUAGCAGGCCUCCAGGAUCCUUCCCAUCUCUGCAUAACUAAUAGCAACUAAAUCAAUUGGGGGGGGAGCAGCCUGGAGGUCUUGCCUGACAAGCAUUGCAGUCUGUGUUUGCUGGCCCAGAUAGGGAAACAGCUUUCAGAGAAGAGCAUCCCAUCCACUCCUGUGUAGCAAUUCCAAACUGAUGUGGUUGAAAUGGUGCCCCAAAGUGAGAUUUAUGUAACAAAGCCAUGAUAAUCUGCUUGUGAAUUCCUUGGUUUCUGGUUUUCCCCACAGUUGACAAUGUAUCGUGGAAACCUGUGCAUUCAGAAGUCAGGAGAGCCUGUCCUCUUAUGCUAAAGAGCAGUGGCUAUUACAAGUAAUUUAGUUCUCACCUUGAUCGCAUUGCCAGUGUUACUAGACAUAGCUGUUCAGAGAUGGCCUUUCUGAUUAGGGGUGGGGCAGCUGUGGCCCUCUAGCCACUGUUGGACUCCAACUCCCAUCAUCCCCCGGCAGCAUGGCCAAUGGUCAUGGAUGAUGUGAACUGUUAUCCAACAACAUCUGGAAGACCACAGCUUCCCCACCCCUGGUUUAAGGAGAGGGUUGCAUUUUGGGCGUGAUUGUGCACUCCAGCACUUGAAAGCAGGAAUACACAACCCAGGGAAAGGGAAAUAGGGAUAGCAAAUGAAAAAAGCAUGGUAGCUAAAUGUCAGGACAUUUUAAACUCCUCAAAAUGCUGUGCAUGAAGAGGUAUGGCUUUUGUCACACCUGAAACACUUGCACAACCACUUAAACCAGGUGCCACAUAUUACCAUAGUAAUUUUAAGGGGAGCAAUGGAUAUAAUUGUAUUUUCACAGCAACACAAUAUUACUACUGCUUGAAUACAGUGGAAAUGUGAUUGGACAAGAAUGGAUGUUCUAGGUAGCAGGACAUAUUCAUUCAUCACACUACAAAGACAGCACUAUCUGGAGGAGCCUUUGCAAACUUUUAUGUAUUUUGUUGCACCCCUUUGAAAAAUAUUCCCCCUCCCCAAAUUAUAUUUGAGAGAGAGAGAGAAGGAAACCACUAAGCUGGCGUGUAAGCUAAUAACAAAAUGUUGCUAAAUGAAAUAACAGCUACAUAUACCCAUUGGCAUUCAGUAUAAUUGUGAUAAUUUACAUCAAACAAUGACAUAGUAGCUUUUUCAACCAUCUCAUUUAAUGUUGCAAAGUGAGAAUAAAUGCCUGUUAAUUGUAAGGGCAAAAAUUAUUUAAAGUAAUAACCAAUGUUUUUAAUUUUUUAAAAAAAACAAACAAACUGAUGAUGCUUAGUGUAAUUAAAAACUAGA